GAGCUGGAGCUUUGCCCUGUUAGCUGCGGGCUUGCUCGGUUCCGCCCGGGGCUUGGUGGAUCCUGGUGGAGGCCGCGUAGGGGAGCUGGGGCGAGCCGGGGCCUCCAGCGAUGUGCACCUAGGAAGGGCUGGCGAGGGGCCAGGGCUGCCCGGCUAGGCACCGAGGCUGUGCAGCAGCAGCAGCAGCAGCGAUGGCCCCUGGCAGCAGAGACGUCGCAGGCGGGUUCUGAGUCCUGCAGGGAACCGGCACCUCCACAGCCACGGGCAGGAAAGCAGCAGGAUCUAUGGAGUAUCAGAGGAAGAAGAAAUUGACCAACUUCACCAUUGGGCUCCUCUUCCUCUCGGGAGGGAUUGAAUACGCGGUGAUUCUGCCUACGAUCUGGGCCUACCUGCAGACGCUCCAUGCUGAGCCAUACUUCCUGGGCUUGGGCAUCUCUGCCUUCAGCCUCACUGGCCUGCUCACGGGGCCCCUCUUCGGGCACUGGUCUGAUCGGAGCCAGCGCACCAAAGCCAUCAUCCUCUUUGCCAACGUGUUUGAGAUAGUGGGGAAUUUCAUGUACUUUAUGGGCGUCUCCAAGUGGCUCCUCCUGGGCAGCCGACUGGUGGCAGGUAUUGGGACGGGAGCGGGUGCCUCCAUCUUUGGCUAUCUCACCCGCUCCACCACCUCUCAGGAGCGUGCCACGGUGUUUGCUGCAGUGAUGGCAUGCCGGCAGGUCGGGCUGCUGAUCGGACCCGCCUGUAACCUCUUCCUGCGGCUCUGCAACUUCCGGCUGGGGCCCUUUGAGGUCAACAAGUUCACCUCCCCAGGGCUCUUCAUGUGCCUGCUCUGGAUCCUGCUCCAGUUUGUGGUGGUGGCGAUGUACUACGACCUGCAGCCCGUGCCCCACCCGCAGCGAGCGGCCCUGGCAGCGCAGCAGGAGGAGGAGGAGCGGGAGCCCUUAGUGCAGCACGACAAUGGCCAGGAGGAGCCCGCUGAGCACCGGAGCUAUGGCGGCACCAUCCAGGGGGUGCCCGCUGAGCCCCCCAUGGGGGACGAGUCCCGCUACGUGCCCAACGGGCACCUGGCCGAGGAGGAGGGCGGAGUAAAGGAGAAGAGCCCGUUUCAGAACUUCAGUGCCAUGCGAGAGUACCUGCGGGAGGAAGUGGUGGUUCUGCUCACUGCCCAGUUCAUCACCCUCUUCAACCAAACAGCCCUGGAGACCAUGGUGACUCCCAUCACCCAGCGCUACCUAAGCUUCGGGGAGCUCGAGAACAGCAUCAUGUACUUCCUGUGCGGCAUCGAGGUGAUCUGCGGCUUCUUCCUGGUACGCUGCCUCAGCAGCCGCCUCCCCGACCGCGUGAUCCUGGUGCUUGGGCUGGUCAUCUGCAACGUGGCUUGUAUCUGGUGCCUGCUCUUCCUGGCACGGCCUCAAGGAAGCUUUCCCGUCCUGUUGUCCGAGCUGGUGGUCGGCGUGUUCCUGCAGGUGCUGGGGCUGCCUUUCGUGGCUGUCUCCCAGGUCUCGCUUUUCUCCAAGGUCACAGCAGAGAGAACACAAGGUUUCAGCCAGGGCCUGCGACGGUCAGUGGGAGGAAUCGCCACCAUUCUGGGGCCUCUGUGGGCUGGAGGCUUGACCGAAAACCUCUACAUCAUGCUGGGGGUGAUGAUGGGGCUGCUGAGCCUGCUGAUGGUCAUGGUCGGGCUCUCGUACUCUUAUCUGGUGGAGGUACCCAGGAGCUACGUGCCAGGACCGUCCCCGGAGGAGCGGUGCUCGUGACCUCCCACCCAUCCACCGCACACCUAAGAGGCACUGCACGGGUUAAAGCCACCAAGGUGAGAGCGUUGGGUGCCUCCUCUGCCCUGGUGGCCAAACAGUCCUGGGUCAAGUGCACCAACACGCCUGGAAGAGCCUGGGUGAGGCCAGCAGCUCCUGCCUGAGGGCCUGUGUGGUCCUGCUGCUUGGUGCUGGGGGGCAUGCUGAGCUGUUCAUCUGCUGGGGAAUCUGCACAAGCUGUUUUAUGGGGGAAGACGUUUUACAGAGAAUAGUUUGACCCUCAGAGGUCUGCAGAGCCACAGCAAGGUACCGGGGAACCCACAGAAGAGCAUUUGACCCUCCCGGCCUGGGCUGUUGUCAGUCUGUACAGUAGCAAACGAUCACCUUCCCAGGGUUUCACAUGUCAUGUAAAAAAUCUCUUGGUGGCAAAAAUAUGGGGGAAAAUGAAGGAAAUUCCCCAAUAAAAGUCAGUGUGAUGGUUUGAGGAGCUGGUUCCUUUUAGUAAACACCUUCAUGCAAUGUAGAUGCACUUGCCCCAAGCACCCUUA